GGCAUUGGACAACAACUUUUUGUUUAUACAGUUUCGUUAAGAGUUAUGCCAAAUUUUAUCACUAUUUCAUGAUGUUUGAGCCACUUUUGAUGCUUACUUUCUUAAAUUGCUUUUUCAUGUUCAGCACGACUGUUACGACCUGUGCAUUAUGGCUGCAACAUAAAAAAAAUCAUUGCUGCACGCGUACAGCUAAAUCCUCGUCGGUGAAGAAAGAGCAGAUCAAGAAAAAAUUCAAAGAUGAAAUCCUCAGGAGUAAAAUGAGUCUUCAAAAAUUGGGAGCCAAGUUGGCGGAGAAAAAACGGCAUAUGUCUAGGUCGAGGGAAAAAAAGCCGAAGAGUGAAUCCGAAAUGCAGAUGGCGGAGUCAGAGACUAAAUCUUUAGGAGUAAUGGCACAGCCAGAUCAGAGGGACACCCAUCAGCAGUUGGAGCCAAUCUGUUGUGGCAAAGUAACAUCAACUGAAGAUUUUACCCAGAGGGGCCACAAUUCAGCAUCAAGACGAUCAAAUCGAAAAUCGACGGUUGUGAUGGAGGUCUCAACUAUUCAGAAAGUCGUGCAAGUUAUCGAUAAGGAGAGAGAUCCCGCAAAGCAAUCCGCAACUGUUGACUGCUUGUCAUAUCGUGUCCCACCCGAUGCAGAAAGACGAAUUGAAUUUAUCGUGCAGAAUAAAUCUGACGAAAAUUCUGCUUGUCACGCAUAAUGCCGUAAUUGGGUCGGGCUAACGCCAUUUAUUACUGAUGAUUAACACUUUCCACUUGCGUUGCACAAUCAAGAAGAAUCUUUGAAUUUUUUUUGUAAAAUUAGUAGUGGAAAUCUAAAUUAAUUUUGUUUGUUAAUUUCACUAUGUAAAAUUGUGUAA